GGCGCCUCAUGCCGUGCUCGAUAUCGCUAUAUAUGCCGUGUCUGCCCCCAGGCCAGCGCGAGGGCAGCCGGCUAUGGCAGACAGCGACGAUGGAUACCAGAGUCAGCGCGAAUCGCACUACAACCAGCAGCGCUCAUCCUUCCGCUCUGACAAAUCGGUUCAGAGCCCGUCCCGGCCACAGAGCGCGCAGUUGACGGACUAUGCGCUGCCCGAGAACUACGCCAAUCUGAACGAAGUCGCAGCCCCGCCGCCCGUUGAGAAUCCCGUCGACUCGGCUAUAUACAGACACCAGAGCCUGGAGGAUGCAGGUGCUGCGGGUGUUGUGGGGGCAGGCGGGAAGAGGAAGAAGAGCGGCAAGGGCGGGCGGGCAACUGCGACUACGACUGCAACGGCGACGGCGACGAGAGAGGACUACGCGAUGCCGGAUGCCUACGACAACCUAAACGAGGUCGCCAGCCCGUCGCCCAUCGAAAACCCCUGCGAGCGCAGCUUCUACUCCCACCACACCCUCGAGGAAGAGCGUGCACACUCACGGGGCUCGAGAGGAGAAAGGCGCGCCCAACAGCGCUCGCGGUCAUCGCACCACCCCAGCCCAUUGAGUCGUCGAGGCACCGAUUUCAGUGUCACAGCGCUUCCGCCUAUCCUCGACAAUGCAGGUGGCCAUCACCACCAGCCGAAAGAGUUAACAUCCUCAGACGAGUACAUCGCAUCGAAACCAACCCCCCGGCAACAGAGGGCCUCUCGAUUCGCGACGCAAUUGUACACCAUCUCGUACCUCAUCAUCUUCUCAAUCCUGGGUACCUUGGCUCGACUCGGCCUUCAAUGGCUGACCUUCUACCCCGGCGCCCCCGUGCUUUUCUCAGAGCUCUGGGCCAAUGUCACGGGCACUCUCUUCAUGGGCUUCCUCUCUGAAGACAGGCAGCUGUUCCGCGACGAGUGGGGUAAGGCCGCGUCAAAUUCGAUCCCGAGCCUAGCAGACGACGAGGAGAAGGCCAUAGACCUUGCAACAGCCAAAGCCUCUCACGCCAAGGUCAAAAAGACAAUCCCACUCUACAUUGGCCUUGCAACAGGCUUCUGCGGUUCCUUCACAUCAUUCUCAUCCUUCAUUCGCGACCUCUUCUUCGCUCUUUCAAACGACCUCCCUUCCCCAAUCAACCACCCCUAUCCUGCCGCAAACCCUAUUAGCACAACCUCAACCAUCCCUCGAAAUGGCGGAUACAGCUUCAUGGCCGUAUGCGCUGUCAUCAUCAUCACCGUUGCGCUCUGCUAUUCCGCCCUCAAAGUGGGCGCCCACCUCGCCAUCUACCUAGAGCCUCUGACUCCCAGACUCCCUUUUCCCCUUCUCCGGAAGAUCAUCGAUCGCACCACAGUAGUCAUAGCAUUCGGCACCUGGCUAGGCGCAGUCCUCAUGGCCAUCUGGCCUCCAGACCGCCCCGGCGGCCCAUCCAGUCACGGCUCUUGGGCUCGCGAAACCUGGCGUGGCCAAGCCGUUUCUGCUUGUGUCUUCGCGCCUGUGGGCUGUCUCCUGCGCUUCUACCUCUCUCUUCAACUCAACGGGCUUAUAUCUUCCUUCCCACUUGGCACCUUCUGUGUUAACAUCUUCGGCACUGCAGUUCUUGGCAUGGCCUUUGAUCUUCAGCACGUGCGGCUAGACAGUACGGGUCUGGCCGGUGGUGGGCGAGUAGGAUGCCAGGUUCUCCAGGGCAUAAUGGAUGGCUUUUGCGGCGCGUUGACCACGGUUAGCACGUGGAUUACUGAGCUAAAUGGCUUGAGGCGGGGUCAUAGUUACGUUUAUGGAACCGUGAGUGUGGUGAGCGGUCUGGGCAUCUUGGUCAUAGUCAUGGGUAGUGUAAGAUGGACCGUUGGUUGGACGGUGGUGGCUUCUGUCUCGUAGACAAGAUGUACCAUGGUGUCAGGACAUACGUGAGAGGAGGCUCUAGUUGUAUAAGUAUCGUUGCAUUGGAUUAUGAUAUAAUUGGCUUAGGUAAUGCUUGAAAAGGGAUGCAUCUGGCACGGAAAGGUGAGAUAAGAUUUCAGGUAGAAUAAUUGGUCCUGUCGCGGUGAGUCUAAUGACGAUACAUGAGAUACUGCCAAUGAAAG